AUGGCUUUUUGGUUUUCUAGUAUAUUUCUAAUUCUAGCGAUUUUUCUAUUAGAAGUUACAGGAAUCACCGUCAACUCUAAAUUAGGAACUAUUGUGGGUAGAAUAGAGACUGUAAAAGUGGGUCCUGAAAAUGUCACUAUUGCAGAAUAUUUAGGAAUACCAUACGCAAAACCACCAAUAGGAGAUUUAAGAUUUAAAAAACCAGUACCAUUUGGCAAUUUUGAAACAGAGUUUAAUGCCUCUGAUUAUGGGCCAUCUUGUAUGCAGUAUUUACCUGGGAUAACUGAAUCUAUUCAACCACAAAGUGAAGAUUGUUUGUACGUCAACAUUUUUAGCCCGGAUAUCAAUCAAGAUGGUACAAAAUAUCAUGUUAUGGUGUGGAUUCAUGGUGGUUCCUUUCUAUUCGGAGACGGAAAAUGGCGAACCGCUAAUAUAUUAGCUGCGUUUGGAAACGUAAUCGUGGUGACUCUAAACUAUCGUCUAGGGCCUUUUGGAUUUCUGGAUAGCGAUGAUAAUACCAUAUCCGGUAACUAUGGUUUAUGGGAUCAACAUAUGGCAAUUCAAUGGGUUCAUGAUAAUAUUGCCAGUUUUAAUGGUAAUCCAGAUAGUGUUACUGUAUCUGGUGAAAGUGCUGGAUCGGCGUCUGUCAUGUAUCAAGCUAUAUAUCCUGGAAACGAAGGAUUAUUUCAACGUAUAAUUGCCCAAAGUGGUUCUUCUAACGCCGAAUGGGCUCUAAUUACCGACCCAGGAACAAGAAUAAAGAAAUAUUCCGAGAAGUUUGGCUGUAACCAGGAAAGUUCUUCAGACAUUGUAGAUUGUCUACGCUCU